AUGACAUGGGUAGUUCCAUUUGGUCGAUUCAAAGUUGCACCCAAUUCAGCAUCACGACAAGAUGGCAAAUUAUUUCAAUUUUGUCCACCUUCUAAAGUUGAAGAACAAUUAAAAUUGUUAUUUUCGUUGUAUGAACAAUAUGAGUACGAAAAUAUUGAUCCCAUUAUACUAGCUUCUUGGUUUCAUGCAGAAUUUAUUCGAAUUCAUUCGUUUGUCGAUGGUAAUGGUCGUCUUGGUCGGUUUUUGUCUAGUAAAAUAUUAAUGAAGUACGAUUUGUUUCCUCUUAUUGUUGAGAAACAAAACAGAGCAGACCCAGGUGAAUGA